UACCCAAAGAAAACAAUACUUCACUUAAAUCAUGAGUCAAUAUUUUGCUAAAUCGAUGAUGGACCUGAAUAGUUCAAGUAGUCACAUAGGGGUUCCACGCCUCGAUUUGAAAAAGACGCUGAGUCAGAAUGAUCUCAGUCCACGGACAUUCUUUACCACUGGCUCAAAAUCUGACAUACUAAGUCCGCGAUACUUUGAGGACACACCGGCCCCAAAUUCUUAUCGAAUGAAGACUACUAUAGGCAGUACACCAGGAGUGUCAUUCAAAGGGGACCGGAAGAGGAAUUUUGAUUCCGCGAGAAAGGAGGCAUGUUUUCUUUUGCCGAAUCUAGUGGAUGAUACACCCGGUCCAAAUGCUUACAACGUGGAGGAAAAGUUUGGUUUUGGGAGUAGCAGAGCUUCAUUAAAAGGUCGUCGAAGUGGACCGUUUCAGUCAAAUCGAGGUCAAAUGCAUGUAACACCCCAGUUUGAUGAAAGAGGCUCAAGAUUAUUAGGCCCUCAAACUUAUGAUAUACCCUCUUCAAUGGGAAAAUCACCAGGAGUUUCUUUGAAAGGAAAUCGUGAAAGGAACUUCAAUGAAACCCCAAGACUGAACUGUGGGUUCCUUCUUCCAAAAACUAUAGAGAAAACACCAGGUCCUGGAAGUUAUAAUAUUGGUACAACGGUAGGAGUUCAGUCCCCAUCUCCAAGUUUUAAAGGUAGUAGAAGUAGCCUUGGUCCAUACCAGACUGACACUGGCCGAACAUAUAUCGGCCCUGAAUUGUCGACUAAAAGGAGGAACGAUAAAAUAUACGACGUACCUGUAGCUGUUGGUAAGACUCCUGGUGUGUCAAUGAAGGGGGAUAGGCAUAGACGGUUUGACACUGCUAAGAACCAGAAUGCCGUGUUCUUGGUUCCGGAUAUGAUCGACCAAACGCCAGCUCCAGGGGGAUACGAGAUUAAAAGCACAAUCGGAACAGAUACUACAGCAGUGUCAUUUAAGGGAUCUCGUGCAGAAAGCAGAGCUCAGACGAGACAAAAGUCAAGACAGCGAACAUUUGUUGAAAUGAACACACCUGGUGUUAGUUUCAAAGGAGACAGAACCCGACGAUUUGAUCACUUGAAAGAAUAUCACGCUACAUUUUUGCUUCCCGCGGAAUCAAAUGAUGCUCCUGCCCCGGGUUCGUACAACAUUAAAACAACAAUCGGAAGUGGUUUCAAUGGUUUAAAAGACAGUCGGGUUCGGGAUCACUAUGGUGGACCAUUCCAAGCAAACAGUGGUCCAAUGUAUAUCAAACCCGAGAUUAACACAGAAGAUAAAACUCCGGGACCAAACGAUUAUAAAGUGAAUAGCUCAACUUUGUUUUCUUCCCCUGCCGUCUCCUUCAAGGGGAGGCGACUCAGAUCCCUUUUUGGAGAGCCAACACGACCGGGUCCCACAGAUUACACCCUUACUAAAGCAAACCUCCGGAAGACCCCAAUGUUCACUAAUCGCCAAAAGACAAAACCGCCAUUCCCGGAUUCUUUGAACUACACACCAAAAGACGCCGGUGAUUUACCCGGACCCGGAAGUUACAGCACCCGGAAGAAGUUCUCUGCGAAUGAUUCUCCUGCAUAUAAAAUAGGAGAGAAACUCCAGGAGAAAUUAAAUGAAAACCCUGCCCCCAAUAAGUACGAGUACGAAAAGGGAGUGCCAGAAGGACCCGCCUUCUCCAUGGGAAAACGAUUUGAUAUCCCGGACAGUCGGUUAAGUCCAGGGCCUGCUACUUACUCCCCACAAGAUCUAGCUGGGGCUCCUAAAUACUCCAUAACAGGAAGGCAUCCAAACUCCAAAGCCGAGGAAGGACCAGGUCCGAAUGCAUACAACCUACAGCAUGAUCAGCACACGGAAGUCGGAACAACUCUUAAAAGUAGAGCCAGUCCGUAUGUGUAUUCCGGAUUCCAGACUAACAAGUUUAUGGAGGAUAAGGGGCCCAGUACUCUUGCUGCUCAAGGCUGAUUUCUUCCCUUUUUCAGCGUUGAAAAGGAGAACUAUCAAAUAUUAUGUAUCGGUUUAUUGUUUGUUAAAAUGAAAUAAACUGUCAGUAUUACAUACUUUCCUAUUAACAUUCAUUCAUAGUCUACGAUGUAUACAUUUUAUUUUAUUCCCUUUUAUAUAUAACAUGAACUUGUUUGCAAAUUGAUAAUUCUCAUGCAGUGUUAUACAGUUUUAAUAUGCAUAUAUGAAUUUUUGAAGAUAAGCAUGCAAUCACAAAUAUAGGUUUAGUAUUAAGAAAGAAACUAUAUAUAUACAUGAAAUUCAAGUUAUUUUAUUGUAUUAUAUUUUCAUGAUAAACAACAUUUACUCAUGUCCUCUC